AUGGCACAGUGCACACCAUUGAAAUGUCAUGGCACACCCUUUGAAAAACACUGCAAUAGAGCAACUCCCAGGUGGGACGAAAAGGAAAAAGACUGUUUCGCUAAUAUCUGCGAUGCACAAUUUCGAUACAGUCACGAAUAUCUAGGAAACACACCGCGUUUGGUAAUCACUCCUUUGACGGACAGAUGUUAUAUAACCCUAACGCAAUCGUUACAUUUGGUAAUGGGAGGAGGACCUGCCGGACCCGCUGGAACGGGAAAAACAGAGACAACUAAAGAUCUUGGUCGCGCUCUAGGCGUCAUGGUUUACGUGUUCAAUUGUUCAGAGCAAAUGGAUUACAAGUCGUGUGGCAACAUUUAUAAAGGAUUGGCUCAGACAGGGGCCUGGGGUUGUUUCGACGAGUUUAACAGAAUAUCUGUCGAAGUGUUAUCAGUGGUCGCUGUCCAAGUGAAAUCUAUUCAGGAUGCGAUUCGAGAAAAAGCAAUGACGUUUAAUUUUAUGGGAGAAAAAAUAAGUUUAAUUCCGUCUGUUGGAAUUUUUAUUACGAUGAAUCCCGGUUAUGCUGGUAGAACAGAGUUACCGGAGAAUUUAAAAGCACUAUUUAGACCGUGCGCCAUGGUGGUACCAGAUUUUGAACUAAUCUGUGAAAUAAUGUUGGUUGCCGAAGGAUUUCAAGAAGCAAAAAUUCUUGCGAGGAAAUUUAUAACUUUGUAUACGCUGUGUAAAGAGCUGCUUUCCAAGCAGGAUCAUUAUGACUGGGGUCUAAGGGCCAUAAAGUCUGUGUUGGUCGUGGCUGGUUCUUUGAAGAGAGGUGAUCCCGGACGGGUCGAAGAAGAAGUGCUGAUGAGAGCUUUAAGAGAUUUCAACAUACCAAAAAUUAUUAGCGACGAUGUCCCGGUAUUUAUGGGACUGAUUGGGGAUUUGUUUCCUUCGCUGGACGUGCCACGUAAAAGGGAUCAGGAUUUUGAAAAGACCGUCAAACAAGCAGCCGUUGACUUACUAUUGCAACCAGAAGAAAAUUUCAUACUCAAAGUUGUACAGUUAGAAGAGCUUUUGGAAGUUCGUCAUUCUGUAUUCGUAGUCGGAAAUGCGGGCACUGGCAAAACUGAAGUUUGGAAAACGCUAUUUAGGACUUACCAAAAUAUAAAACGAAAACCGAUUUACAACGAUUUGAACCCAAAAGCAGUAACCAAUGAUGAACUUUUCGGUGUCAUUAACCCUGCUACCCGAGAGUGGAAAGACGGUUUAUUUUCUGUUAUAAUGAGAGAACAAGCUAACAUCCCGAACAGCUUUCCCAAGUGGAUUCUAUUGGACGGCGAUAUUGAUCCGAUGUGGAUUGAAUCAUUGAACACUGUAAUGGACGACAACAAGGUCUUAACGUUAGCCAGUAACGAACGUAUUGCCUUAACUCCUUCGAUGAGACUCAUUUUUGAAAUAUCCAACUUGCGGACGGCUACGCCAGCCACCGUAUCGCGAGCGGGAAUUUUAUACUUAAACCCGCAAGACUUGGGAUGGAAUCCGUAUGUGACGAGUUGGAUAGAGACCAGAGAGCACGCCGUGGAGAAGAGUAACCUCGUAAUCUUGUUCGAUAAAUACAUACCACCGUGUCUGGAAAACAUUCGUAACAGGUUCAAAAAAAUCAUACCAAUAACAGAGAUGUCACAUAUACAAAUGCUGUGUCAUUUGCUCGAGUGCAUUUUAGUGCCGGCGAACACACCGACGGACUGUCCGAAAGAAUGGUACGAAUUAUACUUCACGUUUGUGUGCAUAUGGUCGUUCGGAGCUGCUAUAUACCAAGAACAGGUGGUCGAUUACAAAGUUGAGUUUUCCAAAUGGUGGGUGGCCGAAUUCAAAACCAUUAAAUAUCCGUCUCAGGGAACUGUGUUCGAUUACUACAUCGACACGGAAACCAAGGAGUUCCUGCCCUGGACUCAUGUCAUCCCGAAAUUCGAACUGGAUUCGGACAUGCCCCUACAGAGCGCUUUGGUCCACACGCCGGAAUCGAUAAGAACCAGAUUUUUUGUGGACCUUCUCAUGGACCACAAACACCCAGUGAUGCUAGUAGGGAGCGCCGGCUGCGGAAAAACGGUAUUGAUGAAUGAAAAACUCGCCAGUCUCUCGGAAAACUAUGCAGUGACCAAUAUACCGUUCAACUACUAUACGACUUCGGAGAUGUUACAAAAAAUACUCGAAAAACCUCUAGAAAAAAAAGCUGGCCGAAAUUAUGGACCACCGGGGAAUAAAACACUCAUAUACUUUUUAGACGACAUGAAUAUGCCCGAGGUAGAUUGCUACGGAACUGUUCAACCACACACUCUGAUCCGACAACAUUUGGACUACGGCCACUGGUACGACAGAACUAAAUUGUCGUUAAAAGAUAUUCACAACUGUCAAUAUGUGUCCUGCAUGAAUCCAACUGCAGGCAGUUUUACAAUCAAUCCUCGACUACAGCGGCAUUUUUGUGUCAUCGCUGUGAGUUUUCCAGGGUCGGAGUCGUUGACGAUGAUUUAUGCUUCUAUUUUAAAUCAACAUUUCGGAAAUUUCGAGUAUCGAAUCCCACAAGCCGCCUCAAAACUAGCUGAUAACGUAAUCGAAGCUACAAUCUGGUUACACAACAAAGUUAAUUCGGUUUUCCUACCUACCGCCACCAAGUUUCAUUACAUAUUCAAUCUGAGAGAUUUAUCAAACGUUUUCCAAGGUCUGCUCUUCAGUACUGGAGAGUGUCUGAACUGCAGUGCAGAUCUAAUGCGACUGUGGAUGCACGAAUGCCAAAGAGUUUACUCAGAUAAAUUAGUCGAUGACAAAGAUUCAGACGCUUUUACUAAAAUACAGACAGACGCGUUGAAAAAAUUCUUUGAUGAAAUCGACGAAUGUGCAGUUUUUGAAAAACCAAAUAUUUAUUGCCAUUUUGCUCAAGGUAUUGGUGAACCUAAGUAUUCAUCUGUUAGAAAUUGGACUAAUCUUACAAAAUUACUGGAAGAAGCACUAAACUUAUACAAUGAUUUGGUCGCUGCCAUGAAUUUGGUGUUGUUCGAAGACGCUAUGAUGCACAUUUGCAGAAUAAACCGAAUAUUGGAAUCGCCAAGGGGUAGCUGUUUAUUGGUAGGGGUUGGAGGUAGCGGAAAACAGUGUUUAGCACGUUUGGCUGCGUUUAUUUCCAGCUUGGAGGUAGCUCAAAUACAACUACGCAAAGGCUACGGGCUUUUAGAUCUUAAAAUGGAAUUAUCCAGUUUGUAUUUGAAGUCGGGUUUGAAAAACGUAGGAAUCGUCUUCUUGAUGACUGACGCUCAAGUACCAUCGGAAUCAUUUCUAGUUCUGAUCAACGACAUGCUUUCGACAGGCGAAAUUCCAGAACUAUUUCCCGACGAUGAGGUCGAGAACAUUAUAGCCGGCGUUCGUAACGAAGUCAAGGGCGCAGGACAAUUGGACACUCGCGAAAAUUGUUGGAAGUUUUUCAUCGACCGGGUUAGACGGCAGUUAAAAGUCGUGUUGUGCUUCUCGCCUGUCGGAUCGGUGUUGCGGGUUCGUUCCAGGAAAUUCCCUGCUCUGGUCAAUUGCACUUCCAUCAACUGGUUUCAUGAGUGGCCACAACAAGCACUCAUGUCAGUGUCCAAUCAGUUUUUAUCGGAACUCGAAGUGCUCCCCGAAAACUUCAGAGAAUCCGUCGCCAAGUUCAUGGGAUACGCGCACACGCAGGUCAACAUCAUAUCGCGUAUAUAUUUACAGAGCGACCGCCGGUACAAUUACACCACUCCAAAAUCGUUUUUGGAACAGAUAUCACUCUACUCCAAGUUGCUAAGGCGAAAGUCGGCAGAGUUGGCUAGCAAAAUUGACCGACUUGAAAAUGGGUUAGAAAAACUGAAAAGUACAGCCAAUCAAGUGGAUAAUUUAAAAGAAAAAUUAGCAAUUCAAGAAGUUGAAUUAAAAAUUAAAAAUGACGCGGCCGACAAACUUAUUCAAAUAGUUGGUAUUGAAACCGAAAAAGUAUCAAAAGAAAAAGCAUUUGCCGAUGACGAAGAAAAAAAAGUUGGUUCAAUAGCAGAAGAAGUAAAGAAAAAACAACGGGAUUGCGAAGAAGACCUCGUAAAGGCUGAACCAGCUCUACUCGCUGCUCAAGAAGCUUUAAAUACAUUGAACAAAUCAAAUUUGACAGAAUUAAAAUCAUUUGGAUCACCCCCCGGCGUUGUUACAAAUGUAACAGCUGCUGUGAUGGUGUUAUUGGCGCAAAACGGUAAAAUACCCAAAGACCGUAGCUGGAAAGCUACUAAAAUUAUGAUGGCUAAAGUGGACAGUUUUCUCGAUUUACUUAUAAACUAUGACAAAGAGAACAUUCAUCCCGAAGUUACUAAAGCUAUUAAACCAUACUUAAAAGAUCCCGAGUUCGAACCAGAAUUCGUUAGAUCAAAGUCCGCGGCAGCUGCUGGUCUCUGUGCUUGGGUGAUAAACAUUAUAAAAUUUUACGAAGUAUAUUGUGACGUGGAACCAAAACGAUUAGCCUUAGCUCAAGCCAAUUUGGAACUCGCUCAAGCCCAAGAAAAAUUAGCAGUUAUAAAGAAAAAAGUCGCUUCUUUAGAAGAACAACUUUCCAAAUUGACAGCUGACUUUGAGCAGGCCACAUCCGAAAAACUACACUGUCAACAAGAAGCGGAUGCCACUAAUAAGACAAUCGAAUUAGCGAACAGACUGAUUGGGGGUUUGGGGUCGGAAAACGUCCGUUGGGCCGAAGCUGUAGCUUGUUUUAUGCAACAAAGUACCACUUUACCGGGAGACGUUCUUCUCAUCACAGCGUUCAUAUCGUACGUUGGGUGCUUCACGAAACACUAUAGACAAGAACUACUACACAAAAUAUGGACGCCAUUUGUAAAAACCUUAGAUCCUGCUGUACCAAUAACUGAAGGGUUAGAUCCGUUGACUUUAUUGACUGAUGACACUCAAGUGGCGAUUUGGAAUAAUGAAGGAUUACCCAGUGAUCGCAUGUCAACAGAAAACGCAACUAUAUUAUCAAAUUCCGAUCGUUGGCCGUUAAUGAUCGAUCCACAAUUACAAGGUGUUAAGUGGAUCAAACAGAAGUACGGAGAAAGUUUAGUUGUGUUGCGUUUAGGACAGAAAGGUUCAAUGGAAGAGUUAGAAAAAAGUAUAACAACAGGAAGAAUCGUUCUGCUCGAAAAUAUUGAAGAAAAUUUAGAUCCAGUUUUAGAUCCUUUGUUAGGUCGUAAUCUCAUAAAAAAAGGAAAAGCCAUUAAGAUGGGAGAUAAAGAAGUUGAAUACAAUCAAGAGUUUCGGCUUUUACUCCAUACGAAAUUAGCUAAUCCACAUUAUAAACCCGAAAUGCAAGCUCAAACGACUUUGAUCAAUUUUACUGUGACGAGGGAUGGUUUAGAAGACCAGUUACUUGCUGAAGUUGUAAAAGCCGAAAGACCUGACUUGGAACAACUUAAAGCUGAAUUGACCAAACAACAAAACGAUUUUAAAAUCAUGUUGAAAAAAUUAGAAGACGAUUUGCUAUCACGUUUGUCCUCAGCAGGAGAUAACAUAUUAAGUGACACGGCGUUGGUGGAAAAUUUGGAAACGACAAAAAGAACUGCUGCAGAGAUACAACAGAAAGUCGCCGAGGCAAAAAUCACGUCGGAAAAGAUUGACGAAGCCAGAGAACAUUAUAGACCUGCAGCUGCGAGGGCUAGUCUGUUGUAUUUCAUACUCAACGAACUGAAUACUAUCAAUCUGGUCUAUCAAUUCUCGUUAAAGGCUUUUAGCGUAGUGUUUAACAACGCCAUUGAAAAAUCGGUUCCGGCGGAAACCGUAUCGCUGAGAGUGAACAAUUUGAUCGACUGUAUCACCUACUUCGUCUUCGUGUACACUUCUAGAGGGCUGUUCGAAUGUGACAAACUGAUAUUCGCGUCGCAGAUGACAUUCCAAAUAUUAUUAAUGAGUGAAGAAAUAGCUCCACAAGAGUUAGAUUUCUUCUUGAGAUUCCCGACAGCUCAGCAUAUUAGCAGUCCAGUAGAAUUUUUGUCCAAUUCAAGUUGGUCAGGUGUUAGAAGCUUGUCGACUAAAGACGAAUUCAGAAAUUUAGACCGUGAUAUCGAAACAUCAUCAAAAAGAUGGAAAAAAUUUGUUGAAUCGGAUUGUCCAGAACGUGAAAAAUUCCCUCAAGAAUGGAAAAAUAAAGUGUCGCUACAAAGACUCAUGAUGAUGAGGGCAUUACGCCCAGACCGAAUGACUUAUGCUAUGUCGGUUUUUAUUGAAGAAAAACUUGGUUCAAAGUAUGUAGAAGGUAGAAGCGUGGAAUUUGCAAAGUCGUUUGAAGAAACUAGUCCAACAACACCGAUUUUCUUUAUUCUUUCCCCAGGAGUAAACCCGUUAAAAGAUGUUGAAGAUUUGGGACAUAAACUAGGCAUUUCAACUGGAUUAAACAAUUUUCACAAUGUGUCAUUAGGUCAAGGCCAAGAAGUCGUUGCCGAAAGUGCAAUGGAAAUUUCCGCUCAAAAUGGUCAUUGGGUCGUUCUUCAGAAUAUACAUUUAGUGAAAAAAUGGCUACCGACACUUGAAAAGAAAAUGGAACUACUCGGAGACACAGCUCAUCCAAGCUAUAGGCUAUUUUUAAGCGCUGAACCGGCCGCUACGGCGUCGGCACACAUUAUUCCACAAGGAAUUUUGGAAUCGUGUAUCAAAAUCACAAACGAACCGCCGACGGGUAUGCAAGCCAAUUUGCACAAGGCGUUGGAGAAUUUCAACCAAGAAACACUGGAGAUGUCGUCCAAAGAAGCCGAGUUCAAAGCGAUUCUAUUUUCACUUUGUUAUUUCCACGCCGUAGUCGCCGAACGGAGGAAAUUCGGUGCGCAGGGGUGGAACAAGAUCUAUCCAUUUAACGUCGGUGACUUAAAUAUCAGCGUCAGCGUGCUGUUCAACUAUUUGGAAGCCAAUAAUAAAGUCCCGUGGGAAGACCUGAGGUAUUUAUUUGGUGAAAUUAUGUACGGUGGCCACAUAACGGACGAUUGGGAUAGAAAAUUGUGUAUAUCAUACUUGGAGGAACUGAUGCAGUCUGACCUGGUCGACGGAGAUCUUCACCUCGCCCCGGGUUUCCCCGCGCCACCAAACACGGAUUAUCAAGGUUAUCACAACUACAUCGACGAAGUCUUACCGGCCGAGAACCCUGUGCUAUACGGCUUGCAUCCCAACGCUGAAAUUGGAUUCAUGAGUACGACGUCCGAAAAUUUGUUUCGCACGGUAUUCGAAAUGCAGCCACGGGAAGCAGGUGCGAUCGGGGGCACGAACGUCACUAGAGAAGACAAGGUAAAACAGAUUGUCGACGAAACGUUAGAAAAAUUACCCGAAGAAUUUAACAUAAUAGAGAUGAUGGGUAAAGUCGAAGAAAGGACACCCUACGUGAUUGUAGCCUUUCAAGAGUGCCAACGGAUGAACUUUCUAACUAGCGAAAUGAAACGGUCUCUGAAAGAACUAGAACUUGGACUUAAGGGUGAAUUAACCAUUACUUCGGACAUGGAAGACUUGGAAAACGCUUUGUUCCUGGACCAGAUCCCUCUGGUGUGGACAAAUCGGGCUUAUCCGUCUCUUCUUGGUCUUGGAGCAUGGUUUUCCGAUCUUUUGCUACGUAUUAGAGAGUUAGAAACGUGGACCACUGAUUUUGUCGUACCCACGUCAGUUUGGCUUUCUGGAUUUUUCAAUCCUCAAUCGUUUUUGACGGCGAUUAUGCAGAGUACAGCGAGGAAACACGAAUUGCCUCUCGACAAAAUGUGUCUCCAGUGUGACGUGACGAAAAAGCACAAGGAAGAGUUCAGUGGAGCUGCUAGAGACGGGGCUUACAUUCAUGGGCUUUUUAUGGAAGGAGCCCGAUGGGAUAUAAUGCAAGGGGUCAUAAUGGAAUCCAAACUCAAAGAGCUAUUCCCUCAAAUGCCGGUGAUUAAUGUCCGAGCUAUUACACAGGACAAACAAGAUUCACGGAACGUUUACGAAUGUCCAGUGUACAAAACUAGAACGAGAGGCCCGACGUAUGUGUGGACUUUUAGUCUUAAAAGCAAAGAUAAAUCAUCGAAAUGGACAUUAGCUGGUGUCGCACUUUUGCUACAGUUAUAA